AGGAAACAGCGGAAAAGUCAUCUCUCCAAAGCGUGCACAGAGGCACACAUCAAUCCAAAGGGGUGUCCCACCCACCCAGUGCGCCCCCAAGGUGAUGUUCAUAUUCCUUUGAUCUCAGGCGUUGCCAUAGUGCUACCACCCUACUAGAGGGAAAACCAACUUCGUGGGUGCUAGUGAGUCUACUUUAGCCAGAAUUAAUUUAUAAAUUAUAGAAUGACUCUGUAAAUUGAAUGUGUUCUAUUCGUCGUGCGUGUGAUGCCAGGUCGUCAUGUAAUUGAGCAUCAUCAUCAGCAUCACCGAGGAUACCUCUAUUCGUGUGCCAAUCUCAAGGCCAAGCAGCAGCAAACACGUAAAAUGUGUCCCCAUUCGGUACGAAGCAAUGCGUAAAAAUGGAAGCAAAAGGCAAAAAAUUAAUGAUUCGAAGAAAACAGCCUUCAGGUUGACUAUCUGUGUUCGUACGGCGGUAGCGAUGGCAGUGCAGUGGUGAAAACUGCAGCAGUCAAGUGCUUAUCCGCGGAUCAAAUUACUGCAACUCCUAAUUUUCUCGCACGUAGUCACUGUUGCAGGGUGUUUGGGUCUAGCGUGCGUGUUUACUAUAGCCCGCUGUGUAGUACAUUUGUAGAACAUAUUUCUAUAGUAGAAGUGAAAAUUCUUCAUCGAGAACCUUAACUUUCGGAAGGACGAAAAUUCAUCGCAGCUGGUACGAACGGUGGCGCUGAGAAAAACUGAUUGAACUGAUAUACAUAGCUGGAUGAAAUUAUUAACAGAAUCAGCCUUCAAGGAGAAGUUUAACGACGAAAACCCAUCCGGAACCCACAACUGCCAACGACCCAUAAGAAAAUUGGAAAAUUUAUCGCCAACGGCAAAUACACCCACACACUUCGUCCGUCGAUGUUAAAAAUCAGUCGUCCUCUUAGAAAACAGGUCUUUCCAUAAUAUUCGUGUCACGCGGCGACUAUCUCUCGGUGGGGGUGCAUUCAGCCCGGUGGGUCGGUGGCGGAUACAGCAGUGUAUAGUGACAGCAUUAACUAGAAUUAGUGAAGCACGUGCAUCAACCCGUUCGCACGGAGCAGAAUGGGGAGCUUGCCGAAUCUCAAUGAACUGACGACGGAGCGGUUGGAACGGCGCCUGGAAGAACGGGAGCGGAUCCUAGCGAGGGAUCGGAUUAUCGAAAGAGACUUUUCGCGCGAAAAGGAUUCCACUGCCAGAGUGGGGCUGGAAAAGCCGGUGUUUAUCCACCAGCAACAGGUUGCAGCUGCUAAAGCAUUUCUUCAGAAAUGUCCUCCUGCGGCGAGGAAAGUUAUGCGCACCCGAAGCUCAGGCCAAGCACAUCACAUAUGGGACGACCCUAUGAUCGAGCAAUUCAUCACCAACUAUUCACCUGCUUCCUCGCGCAGUCAUCGUUUAGCAGUGGCUCCGCCUUUGACCGUGGGAUACCCUUUCCAAAGCUCAACGCUCGGCCAUCGCCGCCGGGACUCGGUCAACAGUUCAAUCGGAGCUACUUCGGUUCGAAGGCUACUAACGGUGAACAAUCGUAGCUAUGGCUGCCGGCAUAAAAUUCCUACGCACGUGCGACGUAAGGUCACGAAGAACUUUAUUCUGCUCACCAUUGCUCACGGAUUCAUGUGUACGGCAUUGAUUCCUCUUAUUGGACUGCAGGGCUCAAAUUCCACCUGGUUUCAGCAAGAAUCCUGGCUUGCUAUGGGGCCAGAUGUUGGCUCCGGUUUGCUCAGUAUAUGUUGCCUCGUCACGGCUUUCAUGUGUCUAGCUACAACCAAGAUUCUGAGAAAAUUUGGUUACUCGAUUGUAUUGGCCUCCAUUUACGGAGGGUUGUGUGUGUUUCUAGCAACCCAUAUCUACCCAGUACUGGUAUCGCUGGUUCCGGGAUAUCUUGUGCUUGGAUUGAUAUUGGGUCCAUCUGUGAUUUGCAAGCAAACCUUGGUAGUCUCAAUGGCGGGCAAACUAAGCUGUUCUCAACCGGAGUGUGGUGGUAACAGUAUGGCAGGUGUCAACGCCGACAACUACGAUGAUCACAGACUGUUGUGUAGUAGAGACGAGAGCAUUCGACGUCUUGGACGAUGGUUUCGAGCUGCUGGCGAUUUUGGGAUGAUCAUAGGAACAAUCAUAGCGUCGUUUGUACUAUCGUGUGCCUCGUCGAACCGCGUCGGCUGCUUUUACAUAUCGGCUCAGUCUUCAACUAAUAUUAGUGGUACGAUUACUACUACGCAAAUCAACAGUACAUCCAUGAGUGGAAUACCUCUAGCUAACCCGUCCAUCGGAGUAGCGCCGACAUCGACUGGCAAAACCUUUGCAGAUACUGACCCUACGAGCAAGGUAACGACACCAAGUAUGCCCUCACUCAAGGAAACCGUCUUUUUCCUGUACAACAUUCGGUUGCAGCAUCACGAGAACGACGGUUAUCAGCUGGAUCGGUUUCCGUACAGCACGUUCCAAACCAACGACUACGGGGAGCGUAUCUGCGGAUCACAUAUGUGUCCGGUUUGGGAUCGUAACAUCCCUAUAAACAGUAGCGCGAUAAAUUCCUUUAGUCUACAAUCCUACACCGGAACCAUUCCGUUGAUGGGUCUGUAUCUUAUCUGCGCUGUAAUUGCGCUGACCGUUACCGGACUGACGUCGGAUAUCGAACAUAACGUCAAGUUCGACUCUUUUCGAAAGAUGUCAGAUACACUGCUGUUUGCCGGUCCGAUGGCUUACUUUAUUGGAACUGAGCAGGGAUACAUGUUGGCGGAUUUCAUGAAGGCAUUCGUAUCAUGUGAGCUGGGUCCAAACAGUGUAGCUGGAGCCAUGAUCGGAAUGGGAGUCAUGCAACUCAUUGCAGCGUGUACCCUAAGCAUGCUACUAAGGCACACUAAACGAGUCGUCGUUAUAAUUGCCGGUUUCAUAUUCCACGCCUGUCUUCUACUGGUGCUGCUCCGCUGGAAACCCUCGCGGGAUGACAGUGCCGUUCUCUACGUUAUUCCGGCCGCCUGGGGAGUAUGCAACGCCGUUUGGGAUACCCUGAUAACCGCUCUCGUGACCGUAUCGCACAGCACAAAGGUAGCCGAAGUGAUGUCUCCAUUGCAGGCGCUUCGCUUCCUGGGCCUAGGCAUCACCUUUGCCGGGCACGGAAUCUUAUGCGAGGCCCCCAAGAUCAUAAUCCUCGCCAUCCUGCUAGUAAUAUCCGUUAUUCCGUACACAAUGUUAGAGUUGAAACUCGAAACUCAACGCAAAGCUGCCAAAGUAAACUUAUGACGAUUCUGUGCGCACGAAUACUAAUAUUUGCUAAAGCUAAAAUACUUCUAAGAACCUGAGGUCAGAGCUUAAAAGUAUUUUAAAAUUUUGGUAAAAUUAGAUCUCGUACGUUUUAAAUGCAUGAUAUGAAAAACACAAAUCAAUGAGAAUGACAUAAACCCCCGGUUGUUCAUGAACCGCAAGUUAACAUAUAUCCAGAAAUUUUGAAUAAUUUCUAAAUGCUGUGUAACCUAGAACAGAAGAUUAUUUGUUUGGCUACUCGACUGAACACAAUAUCGCUAUUGUGAAAUUCGAGAUAAUUACUAAUGUUAGAACGACAGAAAUAGAAAUAAAUAGAUCGCUCGAGACAAUGAGAAUUUUUGCAAGCUACUUCUCUGACUAACAUCUUAGACAUUUUUCACUGGUCGCGGUCUAUUCCAAAUUUUGAUAAAUAGUAGUAUUUUAACGUUGGCUUUCUCAGUUUAAUUUAAUUAAGACAACUAGUUUGGUAUAGACCGACGUUUCGGUCCCGUGUAUUGGACCGUUUUCAAGGGAUAAGCUGUCGGCCGACUCUCGUUAAGGCAUUCAUUCCGUAUGUAACGAAAGUCGGCCGACAGCUUAUACCUUGAAAAAGGUCCAAUACACGGGACCGAAACGUCGGGCUAUGCCAAAUUAGCCGUCUUAAUUGAAUUAGACUUAGAAAGCCAACGUCAAAAUAUCCAUUCUACCAGUCUCAAUCUCUGUUUACUGUUCUAUUUACUGUCAACAUUUGGAAUAGGUCACCGACUAGCAGUGAAAACGACCUUAGGCAUAGUGAUAGAAAUGAUCUCAUCCAAACCCUGAACAAAAACUAUACAUUUAACUAUUUGUGUGUAUAGAGUACAUAGAAACAACAUUGGUAUCGUUUUCACACACGCAGUUUUGUAUCAAAGCAGAACCAUGUCGCGAAGUAAAGAGUACAUAAACUGGGAAUUUUUACGACAUAUGAUGUUGUGCCAAAAUGCCUAAAUCAUCGUGUAAACAGUCAAGGAAGUAGUGCCAUUGUUUUGCAGUUGUAAUUUUGCAUUCAAACUUAGAGUACAUAGCAACAUAGCUACAAAAAAUGCCGCUAGAUAAUGUGCCAAUCGGGAACUAACAAAAAUAUGUCUGCCUCAUUGCCAAAUCUUGAACCGACAUUACUAUUAAACGCAUAUGAUGUGUGCCAUGUAUUUAGAAUUAAGUCGAUGAAUAUGGAUUGGAUUGAAUGUUGUUUGGUCAUUUGGAUGAGGGAAGCUGAAUGCUAAAUGAUUUAGAGAACCUACAGAUUAUAUUCGCAGCAGAUCAAUAAGUCUUCGUAUUUGUCAACGGUAGAAAGUGACUGAUGUGGCACCGCUGUUGAAAUCAUGAAAAACUAUAGUGUUUGCCACAUGAAUAGCCUAACUAAUCUGGAAUGUGAAUAAACAAUUA